UAAACACUCGUUUUACAAAUUAGCAGAGAGAAAGUUCUAGUCCUAGUCUUCUAGAGAGAGAAAGCGAGAAAGAGAGAUUAUAUCGAUCAUGUCUCAGCAGCAGCAGCCGAAGAAACUCAUCUUCCAAGUCGAGGAAGGGAGAGAAGGUAGCGAUGGAAGACCUUCCGUUGGACCUGUGUACCGAAGUGUCUUCGCCAAGGACGGCUUCCCUGAGCCGAUCGAAGGAAUGGAUAGUUGCUGGGACGUUUUCCGGAUGGCUGUUGAGAAGUAUCCAAACAAUCAUAUGCUUGGCCGCCGUGAGAUUGUAGAUGGAAAGCCUGGGAAGUAUGUAUGGCAAACGUACCAAGAAGUCUACGAUAUUGUUAUUAAGCUUGGAAACUCUCUCAAAAGUUGUGGAGUUGAGGAGCAAGCAAAAUGUGGUAUCUAUGGUGCUAAUUCUCCCGAGUGGAUCAUAAGCAUGGAGGCGUGUAAUGCACAUGGACUUUAUUGUGUUCCUUUGUAUGAUACACUAGGCGCUGGUGCUGUGGAAUUCAUUAUUACCCAUUCUGAGGUUUCAAUUGUCUUUGUGGAGGAGAAGAAGAUCUCUGAGUUGUUUAAGACAUGCCCAAAGGCUACAGAGUACAUGAAGACCGUUGUGAGCUUUGGUGGUGUCACACCUGAACAAAAAGAAGCUGCUGAAACUUUUGGGUUGGUUGUAUAUGCUUGGGAUGAAUUUUUGAAACUGGGCGAAGGAAAGCAAUAUGAUCUUCCCAUCAAAAAGAAGAGUGACAUUUGCACGAUUAUGUAUACUAGUGGAACCACUGGUGACCCAAAGGGAGUGAUGAUAUCUAACGAAAGCAUUGUUACCCUUAUCGCUGGAGUGAUCCGUCUACUGAAAAGUACUAACGAAGCCUUGACUGUGAAAGACGUGUACCUUUCUUAUCUUCCUCUUGCCCACAUCUUUGACCGAGUUAUUGAGGAGUGUUUUAUCCAACAUGGUGCUGCAAUUGGUUUCUGGCGUGGGGUCAGUACAGCUCAAAGCUUCUCAUGCAAACCAGUUUUGAAUUUUUUUUCUUUAACCUUCUUUGGGUUGUCUACACAGGAUGUCAAGUUGUUGAUAGAAGACCUUGGGGAGCUUAAACCAACUAUUUUUUGCGCUGUGCCUCGUGUCCUAGAUAGAGUUUACUCAGGUCUUCAGCAGAAGCUUGCUGCUGGUGGUUUCUUCAAAAAGUUUAUGUUUGAUUCUGCAUUUUCCUUUAAAUAUGGACAUAUGAGGAAGGGACAGUCUCAUGCGGAGGCCUCUCCAUUAUCUGACAAACUUGUAUUCAGCAAGGUUAAACAAGGGCUCGGAGGCAAUGUGAGGAUCAUUCUAUCGGGAGCUGCUCCUCUCGCUAGUCAUGUAGAGUCGUUUCUCAGAGUUGUCGCUUGCUGUCAUGUUCUUCAAGGAUACGGUCUAACCGAGAGCUGCGCUGGAACUUUUGUGUCGCUGCCAGACCGACUGGACAUGCUCGGGACUGUUGGACCACCAGUGCCAAACGUUGAUAUACGCCUUGAAUCUGUCCCCGAGAUGAACUAUGAUGCUCUUGAUAGUACUCAUCAACGUGGUGAAAUCUGCAUUCGUGGAAAGACCCUGUUCUCUGGAUACUACAAACGCGAAGACCUUACAAAGGAGGUUCUUAUUGAUGGAUGGCUGCACACAGGUGAUAUUGGUGAAUGGCAAGGAAAUGGAAGCAUGAAGAUAAUUGACAGGAAGAAGAAUAUCUUUAAACUCUCACAAGGAGAGUAUGUUGCGGUGGAGAACUUGGAGAACAUAUACGGUGAAGUACAAGCUGUUGAUUCCGUGUGGGUGUACGGGAACAGCUUUGAAUCCUUCCUAGUGGCAGUGGCCAAUCCAAACCAGCAUAUCCUUGAAAAAUGGGCUGCAGAACACGGUGUGAGCGGUGACUACGACGCUCUCUGUCAAAACCCAAAGGCAAAGGAGUUCAUCCUUGGGGAACUUGUCAAAAUGGGCAAAGAGAAAAAGAUGAAGGGGUUCGAGAUCAUUAAGGCGGUUCACCUAGACCCAGUGCCGUUUGACAUGGAACGCGAUCUUCUUACUCCGACCUUCAAAAAGAAGAGGCCUCAAUUGCUGAAACACUACCAGAAUGUGAUUGAUGAAAUGUACAAGACCACAAAUGAGAGCUUAGCUUCCAGAAAGUAAAUUCCUCCUCAAACAUCACUCUCGGUCUGUCUCUGUUUUUUCUUUUGCUUUGGGUCUCUCACUGUUUAUGACGAGACUUUGUUAGUAGGCUCUUACAUCAUGCGUGUACAAUAUUUGGAUAUUUCAUAGCCUCAGAUCAGAGCUGCUAAACUUUGUCUUCUUACUUAUUCUCUUUUCAAAUUCACUCCUAUCUGUUGAAUUACUAAGUUUAAAUGUUAAUCCUUUCAAACUCUUGAGCUUACAGUAUCCACAUCUUGCGGUUUCGCUGAUUUUUAAC